UUGAAGGAAACAAAAAAUAAAAAUCACGGUAUAAUACAAUUUAUUUAAACAAAUUAAUUAUUGUAUUGUAAAUGCAAGAAAGAAGAAAUCAAAGUAACGAAACAAAUUCUAUUUUUUUUUACCUUAAUUACGAUACAUUUGAAUAUGUGCCAAAUCGUAAGUACAUUUUUUUAGAUCAUGCACACAUAAUUACUUCUUUUUAUAUUCUAGAUAUAUUAUCGUCUAUAUCAUAAAUAUUAAAUUGGUUGUAAAAAUAUAAAUUGUAAUGCAAUGAGUUAAGUAAAAUCAAAUAAAAUAUUAAACUUUAAUGAGAAAGAUCAGUAAUGAUCAGAAAGAUCAGCAUGAUUAAUUAUAUUGAAAAUAUAUAAAUACAGAAUGUUUUAGAAUAAUUGGAAAAUAUUUUCGGAAUAAUUUCAACACAUUUGAACAGUAAAGUAGUUUAGGUAAACAUAUACCUUAUUUGGAAUAUGGUACAUAAUAAAGUCAUCGGUAAUGGAACUUUAAAAAUUACUACGCAUCGGAACAUUCAGAUAAUAGCGCCUUUAUAUUUCUCAUAUAUUCUCCUAUAUCUUUUCUAAGUUUCAUAAGAGUAAAAAAUAAAAUAUUCCUGCAGAAAAUUGACACUUUCUUCUUUGCAAAGCAAUUUGCAGUAGCGUGAUUAUCAAAUCAUAAAUUGUCAGUCUUAGCAUAUAUCGUAUAAAUGGCAUGGUAAUAAAAUACUCCACUCUCAUGUUAGUAAAAAAGGUGAUUACUAUUAUUUACAUUUUUCUUGAUCGGACAAACAGAAAUAAACCUUACUGAUCCUUUGUAUAGCAGGAAAAUGUUUACCAUCAUUAGAUAUCAGGAAUGUAUUAACAAUUAUAAAUCAGAAAUCUACUAUAGCGACUGAUGGUAAAAAAGGAGUCUACUUAGGGUUUCGACAAGGAACAAGAAUCUACUCAAUGGAAUAUAUGUAAGGCAAGUAUCUGAUAUUACUUUAUUUUUACUCGGACGGUUAAACAGAAAACUACUAUUAUUGAUGUGUUUACUAUUUCAAAAAUUACAUAUGAACUUAUAGUUGACUUCUUGAGUCAUGGUUUUUGGAGGCCUUUUCGACAUAUAGUCUCUUCUUUGCUUCGCACUAAAAUGUGGUAUGAAAUCUAGAACCAUAAUGUAAUUCUAUUGCUCAUAUAAAUAUCAACCAUUCAAUCAACUCAUUUGUUCUUUUGAUUUUCUCAUUUAACACGUCUGGUGAGAAUCGACUGUUACAUUUUUGUUUAGAAUUUUGUCAAAGUUAUUUGAUAUUGUAGAAUAAGAGAAGUUUAACAAUCGGUAUAAUUGAAAACUGAAUCCUCUUUUGAGAAUAGAGCUAUAAUUAAUUACUAGAUGUCACCACGGACACGUUCGUAUUACCGAAAUCGACUUCGUUCCUGGAUCGAGGAAUCAGCGACAAAUUUCUCUCAGCAGUUCGAGGACGUUAUCGUACAGUUGUGUUUCAUCCAACGUCCUCAGCGCUUCCUUGAUUCUGGACACCCUCUAGAAGUUCUCAUAGGUGCGUGAGUCGCUACGGGUAGGCAGAAGUCGUCAGUACAAAAUGUCCUUCGAGCGAGCGUGGUCGGUUACAUGACAAUGAUUCUGAUCGUGAUGAAGAUAGGAUCGAAGGAACGUGCCAUAGAUAAAUACAGAAGAAAAAGACUUUUUGUUUCCUUUUUUAUUUAAAUUUUAUAAGAUAUCAUAUGAUCGUGCAAAGAGUGUUUGUUUGAAUUUUUGUUAACGUAUGAGUCAACAUAAAUAGUUUUCGACAAAACAAUCGACAAUUUCGUUACUCCUUUCCAAAUUAUUCGAAAUAUUUCUUCUUCGGCGCGUCAGCAAAAGUGGCACUUAAUAAAAUAAAAUGAAAAAAAAGGAAUAAUAUUGCAAAGAAAACAGAAUACUAAUUGGAUUUUUUAUUCCUUUUUUUCUAUAGCCACAAAAACUUAAUAUUUUCGAAACAUUAUCUGCUUCUUUAAUGCCGCUUUCCCACGAGACGUGAACCACGAACGUGAAUUAUACUUCGGUGGAGUACAACUCGCGUGAAGCUAUUAUCGUGACAUUUAAUGUCUUCACCACUCAGUAGGGACAAUAUCAAGCAGAUUUGAUUUUUAAUCGUGACAGAAGCAAAGGUUAAAGAUUGUUUACAUAGUUAUUUUCAUUGUUAUGAAUUAAAAAAUUAAAAUAUUCAUGCUAAAUACUUUACGCUUUCCACAAACGUGAAAGAAUAUUGAAAUGACCACGAAAAGAUGAUUCAUGUUUGUGGCUCUAGCCUCAUUAGAACGCGCAACAAAAGUUUAAUUCAUUAACUUAGUACUUGAAUUCAUUAACUUUUAAUGAACGUGGAAGGAUCAUAACAUGAUUGUCAGAGAGAAUCAGGAGGAUCGAAAAAUUGAGAUCUCUAGGGCGUUAGCUUUUACCCGUGAACUUCAUUCGGUUCGUUGAUCUUUUGGCGAGUCAUGCGUGUGGAUAUUCGACGAACUUUGUACUACAACGACUAUUGUCGAAUAGUUCAUUGUCAGGCCUUUCAUAGAAUAUUUUAUCGACAAAUCCGAAGAAAACAGGCAUCCAAGUGAGAAGAAGAAGAAGAAGAAGAAGAAGAAGAAGAAGAAGAAUACGAAGGAGAAGAAGAAGAAGAAGAAUACGAAGGAGAAGAAGAAGAAGAAGAAUACGAAGGAGAAGAAGAAGAAGAGGAAGAAGAAGACGAAGAAGAAGAAGAAGAAGAGGAAGAAGAAGCAGGACUACAAUUGAUUGGAAGUUUUCGUGAGAGCAGUUUGUCUCGAUUAAGCCAGUCACGUGGUCAACGAGAUCAUCUGACCGGCGGGAAGAAAGAAAAAAGAAAAAUUCAGUUCAGUCUCCUUCACCUUUCUCUUUUCUUUCUGGAUAACAUCGUCACGUGUGUUAGAGAUUAUCUACCAUCGCAAGCUGAAAGGAGAAAAAACACUAGCCUGGGAUGAGAGUCACGCAAACCACGUGAACAGUCGAGAAAAAUCGAAUGAAAAUCGUAUAGCUCAUUUAAAUCAAAUAAUUUCGAGUAUCCUCAUUUAUCGAUCUUCCUUCUACUUUUCUUCCUCCUUUUGCUUCUCUUUCUUUUCCUCCUUUUCUUCCCUCACGAAGAAAAAGUUUGCAAUCAAGAUGGAGACUACCUGGGACAUUGGGAUCUUAAAUUUUACGAAAGAAUUAAAUCUAAGCUUUUGCAAUGGCACAUAUAUUGAAAAUUGCAAAGAAUUUGAACUUGAUGAAAUUGGCUAUGAUCGUGAUCUUAUAGAGAAGAUCGUCCGUGUGAUAGUGCCGGUUUUUUUUGGGAUGAUUGGUAUACUCGGUUUGAUUGGAAAUACUCUCGUGGUCAUUGUUGUAGCUGCAAAUCCAGGCAUGAGAUCAACUACUAAUAUUCUCAUCAUUAAUCUCGCAGUGGCCGAUCUUCUUUUCGUCAUAUUUUGCAUACCGUUCACAGCGACUGAUUUUGUCUUACCUUUCUGGCCAUUUGGUAAUAUCUGGUGUAAGAUCGUUCAAUAUCUUAUCAUCGUCACUGCCUAUGCUAGCGUCUACACGUUGGUCCUUAUGAGUCUCGACAGGUAUUUGGCGGUGGUUCAUCCGAUAACAUCGAUGUCUUGGAGAACAGAGAACCAUGCGAUUUUAGCGAUUUGCAUCGCAUGGGCAUUUAUAUUUGCUUUAUCUACACCAGCUCUCGUUAUUCAUGGCGAGAUUCACUUUACGUUUCAGGACUUGGACGAUUCGUCGACGGCUUGUCGGAUCCUACCGCAAUAUGAUUGGUCCUUUUUCCAGGUAUCCUUCUUCCUAACGAGUUACUUGCUGCCAUUGACGUUGAUAUGCGUCUUUUAUGUCUGUAUGCUUGUCAGACUAUGGCGUGGUGCUCGUGUGAGUGCCGAGAGUCGACGAGGAAGAAGAAGAGUGACUCGUUUGGUUCUCGUCGUUGUAGGCGUUUUCGCUAUAUGUUGGUGUCCGAUCCAGGUGAUAUUAGUUACGAAGUCUUUAGAGGCGUAUCCUUUAAAAUCGGCGACGAUUAUGGUCCAGAUAGCGAGUCACAUUCUGGCAUAUACCAAUAGCUGCGUCAACCCUAUCCUUUACGCUUUUCUCAGCGAUAAUUUCCGAAAGGCCUUUCGGAAAAUCAUCUAUUGCAGGCCACGACAAGAUCCACAAAGAUCGGGUCCAUCUACAAAAACUACAAGAGCCGCUAGCACCGGUGACAUCCUAUGAGUAUUAUAUCCACGUUCAUCGAUGUGAUUGAUCCUGAAUGAAAUGGGUAUUGAACAUUUCUGUGUAAUUGAAGAAAAUGAAAUUAGAAAGAAUUACACAUCUACACAUACGCACAUCCACACAAUCAGUCAUACACAACACAUACACACAUAAAACAAAGAAUAUAUUUGAUGGUUUGUGUUUUGACGUUGUACAAAAGGAAUGUAUUAUACGAGUGGAAUGAUUUCAUGGCGCUCAAUUCGACUAAUGAAGUUAUUAAAGGUGCCGCAAAGUAGAUAUAGAAGUGUAAAAUAAGUACACUAUAUACAUAUGAAAGAAUAUGAAUUACAAAUAUUUCCAUUUAAAUAAUGAAUCGAAACUUUAUGAUGUUUCGGUUCUUUCUUUUUUAUUUAUUUAUUUUUUUUUUAAAUAAAUAAAAACAGCGAAAUUCAAGAUACUAUAGUCAAUGAAGUUGUACAUGCAAGAGUGAGAUAAAUAAUAAAAAUAUAUAGUAUAAUUUUAAAUAAGACUAAUAAGCUUAAUGAUAAAACUUUACCAGAUCCAUCGAAUAUCGACAGUUAGCGACACGAAAUCCUUCCGCCGUUUUAAAAUUAAUAUUGUUUAAAAAUGUAAAUAUCUCUUGUAAAAAAGGAAAGAAAGGAAAAGAUGAAGAAAAAGGUAAAUUGUUAAAUUAAGAUAAGAUAAGAUAAGAUAAUUACACUUACGAUAUUAUCGAAGAUUAUUAAGAUUUCGGGACGUGUUAAUUAAAUGAGCCCUUUUAAAUAUUACACUAUUAUUAAUAACAUUGACUGAUUGUAAACGAGCUAACUGAACGAGCUUUCGAUAAAAUUAUAUAUAUAUAUAAUUUAUUUAUCGUUUAAAAUAAAUAAACUGUGUGUACACGAAAAGAAGACGACCAAAACUAUGGACGAUCGCGGAUGAAUAAAAAAAGAAGGGUAAGUCGUUUUCUUUUCGAAAAAAUCUAAUAUUUUAUUGUAAGAUUAAUGGAAGAUUCAAUUAAAAGAAAAUCGAUCGACGACGAUUGUAUAGUGUAUUAUUAAUGAAGAGAAAUAAAAUUUCUGUCAAUAUAUAAUAGUUUGUAAUUAAAUAAUUUUUUAUAAUUAAGAUUAUAACUGAGAAUUACGUUCGUUUUAUUUAUAAAAAUGGAUCUUCGAUAGGAUUUUCGAAAAUGAGAUUUUAAAAGGAACGUUUACGAUUUUAUCGUGAUAAAUGAAGAGAAGAAUCUCGUCGAUGAUUCGAAGAACGUAUCUUUUUGGGAACAAAAUCGAUCGUUAAUUAGCUAUAAUUUCGUUGAUGAAACAGAGAGAUAAGAGCUUUUUCCCUAAUGAAACUAUGCUAGCGAGAAAGCGAAAUAAAGGAUAUAUUGAUAACAAACGAAUUAGUUGCUCUUUUGAGAAAAUUAAUGUUCCGGAAAAACGAAGCACGAGAUUUUUCUUCUUUUAUUUAUUGUAUCUUUUCUCUCCUGUUAUACUUUUUGUUGGAAUUUGAUUUUGAAUAAUGAUUUUAAUAAUUUCUGGUAAAAGCCAGUCAUGCAUGAAAUUUAAAUAAAUACAUACAUAUAAACACAAUUUAAAUUAAAAUAGAUU